CUUAUUAAACCCAACCUCUCACUUCCCAUCUCUCCAGGGAAAGAAAUUUUUGACCAGGAAAAAGAAAAAAAAACUGAAUUGAACUAAGCAAGAUUUCUCUCCUCCCCUGAAUCGCCGGCACCAACUCCCACCCACCACAAGGACCUCCAGCAAAAGUUCAGGGAUUCUCAAUUCCAGCGAGGAGUCGGCGGCGUCGUCGGGAUCUCUGUCGGCGAUCGAUCUGAUGGCGGCAAUUAUCCGGAGGAAGUUCGCCGACCCGUCCAACGCGUCGUCAGAGCCGGGAGGUGCGGUGGCGGAGGUGACCUCGCUGAUCCUGGACAACAGGGAGUUUGUCAUGAUCCUGACGACCACGGUAGCCGUGCUGAUCGGGUGUGUGGUGGUGCUUGUGUGGAGAAGAUCCAGCUCGCAGAAGCGGAGCUACCAGCCACCGACGCCGUUGGUUAUCAAGAAGAAGGAGGAGGUGGUGGUUGAUGAUGGGAAGAAGAAGGUCACCGUGUUCUACGGUACUCAGACUGGUACCGCUGAAGGAUUCGCCAAGGCUCUAGCCGAGGAGGCGAAAGCCAGGUAUGAGAAAGCAGUAUUCAACGUUGUUGACAUGGAUGAUUAUGCCGGGGAUGACGAUGAAUACGAAGAGAAGUUCAAGAAAGAGUCCAUCGCAUUCUUCUUCCUCGCUACAUAUGGAGAUGGUGAGCCGACCGAUAACGCAGCAAGGUUCUACAAGUGGUUUAUUGAGGGUAAAGAAGCUCGAGGGGAAUGGCUUAAGAUGAAGUAUGGAGUGUUCGGCCUUGGCAACAAGCAAUACGAACACUUCAAUAAGGUAUUGAAGAGUGCUCUUAAAUUGGCGCCUUUCCGAAGUGGCAAGCGCCUUGUUCCUGUGGGUCUAGGUGAUGACGAUCAAUGCAUGGAAGAUGACUUCUCUGCAUGGAAAGAGUUGGUAUGGCCAGAGCUUGAUGGGUUGCUUCUUGAUGAGGAUGAUCAAACAUCUGCUACCACCCCUUAUACCGCUGCAGUGUUGGAAUAUCGGGUUGUGUUCUAUGACUCCACUGACGCACCAGUAGAAGACAAAAGCUGGAGUGGUGCCAAUGGCCAUACUGUUUAUGAUGCUCAGCAUCCAUGCAGGUCGAAUGUUGCCGUGAGGAAAGAGCUUCACACUCCUCUUUCUGAUCGAUCUUGCACCCAUUUGGAAUUUGACAUUGCUGGCACUGGACUCUCAUAUGAAACUGGGGAUCAUGUUGGUGUGUACUCUGAGAAUGUCGAGGAGGUUGUAGAAGAGGCACUGCAGUUGUUAGGCUUGUCGCCCGACACUUACUUCUCCGUCCAUACCGACAAAGAGGAUGGCACACCACUCGGUGGAAGCUCAUUGCCAACGCCAUUCCCACCGUGCUCCUUGAGAACAGCUCUCACUCGAUAUGCCGAUCUUUUGAAUGCACCGAAAAAGUCUGCUUUGCUUGCUUUAGCAGCUCAUGCUACUGAUCCUACUGAAGCUGAUAGAUUAAGAUAUCUCGCGUCACCUGCUGGCAAGGAUGAAUAUGCGAAAUGGGUAGUUUCAGAACAGAGAAGUCUCCUUGAGGUUAUGGCUACAUUUCCCUCUGCAAGGCCCCCACUUGGAGUUUUCUUUGCUGGAGUCGCUCCUCGCUUGCAGCCUCGAUUCUAUUCUAUCUCUUCAUCUCCAAGCAGGAUGGCGCCAUCUAGAAUCCACGUGACUUGUGCUCUGGUGCUUGAGAAAACCCCAGGAGGACGGCUUCACAAGGGAGUGUGCUCAACUUGGAUGAGGAAUGCUACUCCUAUGGAGAAGAGCCAAGACUGCAGCUGGGCCCCCAUCUUUGUUCGACAAUCGAAUUUCAGACUUCCUGCAGAUACUAAAGUUCCCAUCAUAAUGAUUGGUCCUGGGACUGGGCUGGCGCCUUUCCGUGGCUUCCUGCAGGAAAGACUUGCACUUAAAGAAUCUGGAGCAGAACUUGGGCACUCUAUCUUCUUCUUCGGUUGCAGAAACCGCAAGACGGAUUUCAUCUACGAGGAUGAACUCAACAGCUUCGUCGAAACCGGUGCACUCUCUGAGCUGAACGUUGCCUUCUCGAGGGAAGGAGAUACCAAAGAGUAUGUGCAGCAUAAAAUGAUGCAGAAGGCUUCGGAGAUCUGGGACCUCAUCUCUCAGGGAGCCUAUGUUUACGUAUGUGGUGAUGCCAAAGGCAUGGCCAGAGACGUUCAUCGAACUCUCCACACCAUUGCGAUCGAGCAGGUGCGAAAUAUUCUGCUAUUUCUGGUUUCUGCAUGGUUUCUGCAAAUCGAAUCACUUUUACAAAUCAUAUGUUCAAACACACAUGGAAUUCUUGGUUACCUGGGACCCUUAGUUGUGCCUGUGCGCGUGUAUUUCUUAUUGCUGAGUCGCAAAUCCUGCUCUUCUUUUGUGAACCAGGGAUCGCUCGACUCAUCCAAGGCCGAGAGCUUGGUGAAGAAUCUGCAAAUGAGUGGUCGGUACCUGCGUGACGUGUGGUAAUUACUUGUUAACCACGCACUAUCGAGCCUAAAUUAUUAAUAAAGAAAGAAGAAAAAAGAUGGUGAAAAGAGGACACUUCUGGGGAAGAAGUACAGGUUUUGCCAAAAUGCAAAGCCUUUUUGAUGAUGGGGUGAAACUUGAAAGAGAUGAUCGAAUUGGUGAGAGGGCUAAAUAUUUGUCCUUCCCCAUGUGCAUCUGAAAUAGGGUUAUUGUUACUGAUCGAUGUUGUAUCAUGUUAUAGUAGACGACUACACUAUUCUUUUUGUUCUCUCUUUGAUUUUUCACUAUCGUGGAAGGAUUAUUGUUGCUCUGUUUAUUCUUUUCUUUUCCCACUUUUUUCUUUUUUGGGAUGAUGGUCAUGUAAGUUAAUGUAUUCCAUGUUGAUUAGAGUUGUAUUAAGUUUAAGUUGUUGAGAGAUUCAUGUAUGAUACUUAACUACUUUUUUACAAAUUAUUUUCAACGAAAGUCAAUUUA